AGAGCUUUUUCUUCAUAGUUACACCACAAGAUGCCACCAAAGUCAAAGAAGGCCUACAGCCUCGAAACCGAGUUGGUGUUCUCCAAGAGCAACGAUCAAUACAAUGCGUCAGUUCCUCCCUUAUAUCAGUCUGCCACCUUCAAACAGGCUUCUUUGGAUAACAUGGGGGAGUAUGACUACACCCGGUCUGGAAACCCAACCCGUACAUAUUUGCAAAACAACAUGGCCAGAAUCAUGAAGGCCGAACACGCCUUUGCUGUGACCAGCGGAAUGGGAUGCUUGGAUGUGAUCACCCGUUUAUUGAGUCCUGGUGAUGAAGUCAUUGCUGGUGAUGACUUAUAUGGAGGUACUCAUAGACUCUUAACCUACUUGAACAACAAGGGGGAUUUAAAGGUCCACCAUCACGACACAACAAACACCGAGUUGAUCAUCUCCAAAAUCUCGUCUGCCACAAAAAUGAUUUUUCUUGAAAGUCCAACCAACCCAUUAAUCAAGGUGGUAGACGUCAGAUCUAUUUCUAAAGCCGCUCACGAAAUUAACCCCGAUAUCAUCAUAGUGUUUGACAACACCAUGAUGUCGCCUGUGUUGAUGACGCCGUUGGACUUGGGAGUUGAUAUCCAAUACGAGUCUGCCACUAAAUAUCUCAAUGGACACCACGAUAUUAUGGCGGGGAUCAUUGCUACCCGAUCCGCCCAAUUGGCUGAAAGAGUAUACUUUGUGAUAAACUCCACUGGAUGCGGAUUGUCGCCAUUUGACUCUUGGCUCUUGUGCCGUGGGUUGAAGACUUUGGCAAUCAGAGUGGAAAGACAACAAGAAAACUGUCAAAAAAUCGCCCAGUUUUUGAGCAAUACAGGCUUUAAAGUCAGGUAUCCAGGCUUAAAAGACCAUCCUCAACAUGAAUUGCAUAAGAGUAUGUGUAGGGGAUUUGGAGGGGUGUUGAGUUUUGAAACUGGAAACAUCAAGAUGUCGGAAAAGAUUGUUGAAAACACUGACAUUUUCGGGAUUGCCGUUUCGUUCGGUUGCGUUAAUUCGUUGAUUUCAAUGCCAUGUAAAAUGUCCCAUGCUUCGAUCGAUGCCAAAACUAGAGAAGAGAGAGACUUUCCAGAAGAUCUAAUCCGGUUAUGUAUCGGAAUCGAGAAUAGCGACGACUUGAUAGACGAUUUGACCAAGGCGUUAUUGAAGAGUGGUGCCGUUAAAGUGAACGAUAGAGAUGAAUUAUUCAAUGCCGUGAAUGUGCAGUUCAAGUUAUAAUUACUUUAGUAUAUAUGAAUACAAGAUAACAGUAG